AUGUCCAAAGCAUCACUACCUGCGGCCACUCCGGUCCGGCCGUCCACGUCGUCCGCGUCCACGUCCGCCCGGCGCUCCGUCUGGGGCUGUCUGACCUGCCGCCGCCGCAAGGUCAAGUGCCAGAGCCGCGAGACGCCCUGUGCGGCCUGUCGCCGGCUGCAGCUGGACUGUGUGUCGUCCUUUGGCGAGAACUUUAAGCAGUGGCGCAGGAGACGGGCGUCGCCUGCGGACGGGCCGGGGCCGAGUCCAAGGCCGAGACCGAGUCCAAGUCCGAGACCGCGUCCGUCACAGACGCCCGUCUUCGAAUCGCCCGCGACGACGUUGGAGGCACCGUCGCCCGUCUCCCUCCAUGCCUUGCUGGACAUGACGCAGAGUCCGGGCUGGGACCUGGACAUGCCGUUCCUGUUUGAUCCGCCGUCCUUUGCAGGGCCACCGCCACCGCUGCCACCAGGACCGCCGCCGCCUGCUUUUGCUGUCGCGUCUCCUGGUCUGUAUGCAUCGGCGCCGUUCUUUGCCGACAGCAGCGACGUUCUGCCAAUGGAUGGCCGGGCCAUCCUGCCCGGCAUCAGCAUACCGUCUACGUUGUCCAUGACGGCGGUGGACGACAACGGAUUCAUCCUGGACAUGCCUGCACCACUGCAUUCGUUUCAGACUGCGCCCUCGCAACCUGCCGCGGCCGACUGGACACAGUCACAGCACGCCCUCUCGCACGCCCGUCCCCAGUCGGCCGUCCUGGUCUCCCCCCUCUCUCCCUCUCCCUUCCUCUCCGCGUUCUCGCCCCUCCCAAGCUACGCCGACUCCCCCGCCGACCGCUCCCUCGUCGUCUACUACAAACGCAAUCUCGCCUCCUUCUUCAGCGUCAAGUCGGCCUUUGCGUCGCCGGCCGCGUCGCCCUGGAACUUUUACGCGUACGCCAUCCGUGCGGCCGAGCACCAGCCCGACUCGCCUCUGCGGCACGCCAUUCUCGCGUGGACCUCGGCCUACCUGUUGGUCCGGGGCGGCGACAACGACAGCGACGACGGCAACAGGAACAACAGCACCACCCCGGCCCUCGGCACCGACCACGCGCUGCAGGUGCGCCACUAUGCGCGCGCACGGCAGGCAGCAGACGCGCUGAGGGCGGCGCUGUGGUCCGGGGCGGGGCCGUACGCGACACCGACAUCGACCCUGCGCAUGCUCCUCGCCACCACCCUCUUCCUCGCGUACGGCGACAUCUUGUCCGGCGACACCCCCCGCCUGGUCCACGCCCUCGCCGGCAUUGCCCGCCUGCUCGCCUCGGACUGGCCGCGGUUCCGCGCCGCCAUCGGGCCCGUCGAGGCGCGCAUCCUCGUGUGGCUGGCGUACUUGGACGUGCGCGCCGGCCUCUGGGGGGUGGCGACGGAUGGGGCCGGCGGUGGACGGGGAGGAGGUGGAGGCGGACUCUUCCGCUUUCUUCGCGACCACGUCGGCGGCCCCGCAUCGUCGGGCAUCUCGGCGCUGCGAGGCAACGGCGUGCCGCAAGAGUACUACUUGGCUGCCUGUUUUGGGUCGGCCUUGCCAGCGCACGAGCUGCACGACGAUUUGCUGCAGGAGCCGGCCAAGCGGCUGUCGGACGAGAUCAUGGGCGUGUUUGCGGCGGUGGGGGAGCUGGAGGCGUGGAUGGAGACGUGCUUCCCACGCGCGUGCUUCCCACAUGCGCAGACCCCAAGUCGAGGGACGUGUGCGGAGGGGGCAACGACGGCAGACGCGGCGGUGGACGUGGAAGCAGCCACAACGCCCGGCGACACCCUCAAUCCGUCCACGCACGCCAUGGCAUCGCUUGUCGACCACGACCAGGCGGCCCUCCUCGAGCUCCGCGCCGCCAAGAUUCACGCCCUGCGCGCCACCAUUGCCCGCAUCCGCGCCGAGAGCAACGUCGUCCACGCCGCCCUCCUCAAGGCCUACACGCCGUCGAGCCCCGACCACGUCGCCCGCACCACCUUCCACCGCCGCGUGUCCACGGCCAUGUGCCUGGCCGCGACCAUCCUGCUGAACCGCGUCGACGCCCCCGACGUGCGCACAGACGACGAGGCCCAGGCGGCGGCCCGGCAGAUUGUGCAGAUUGCGCGGGAGCUCAAAUACAACGAGACGCCCGACCGGGCGUCGAGAGAGGAACGGCACACGGCCCAGGGCCGUCCCGACGUGCUUCGACAGUCACCCAGCGACCACCCCCGCAGCCUCAUCUGGCCCAUGCCCGUCUUCGUCGCCGGCAUCGAAGUCACCGACCCCGUCUACCAAGACUGGGUCCUGGCCUACCUGGCCGACAUGGCCGGCUGGGGCACGAGCACACGCCGCGCGCGGGAGCUGCUGCGGCGCGUGCUGGCGCGGCAGGCCGACGAAGGGAAGCGGGUGCGCGUCAAGGACGUGGUUGGUGAAUUUGGUGCGGUGUUGAUUUGA